AUGCCUCUCACUCUCCUUCACCGGGUUAUCUUUACUGACUUCAGUUCUUCCUCUCCAGUUGUGCUUCUGCAGUCAACCAUCCGCUUCGCUCACUCCACUACAUGUGAUCCUGCCAGCCUUCCCAGAUUCUCACAGUGGCGUCAAGUCGACAAUGUAGUUGCCAAGGUUUUCUGUCCGCCCAAUCUUCGACCAUUGGAGUUGGUUACCAGCAAACUUCAGAUCAAACCGGUAUCGGCACAUUUUUCUAGCUUUGCCUGCUUGACAGGAACUAGCUACGAAAGAAUUGAAGGUGGCGAGAUAGUCGGGGACAGAUUUUUUUGCGCUGGUAAAUAA